GCAUCGGAACAAACCGGCGAUCGAAUCGAAGGCGAAAGCGAAAUCGAAAUCGAACCAGCAUACAGAGAUUCUUCCACCGGCUCCCGACCUAUUCUCCGAGGAACAACCACAAAGGCCUCCGGAGCAACGCGUUCCACCGCUGCACCGUGUCAUUCCUUGCCUUGCCAUUUUAUUUUAUUCCAUUCCAUUCCAUCCCAUGCGUGCUUUCUCGCCCGCGGCGGGAAAGAUCGUUUCCGUCGAAUGGAACAAGAGCGUGGCGGAGGUCCGGUCCCUGCUCCUCCCCGCGGCGGCCCACUUCGUCCUGCCCGACCUGCCGGGGGUGGUAUCGGACCGGGACCGGGAGGCCUUUGAAACCGGGACGGGGGACGACCCGUCCUCCCGCAUCCACACCGUGGCGGCGUGCCACCACGAGACGGCCGAAUCCCUUCUGGCGGCCGUGGACGGCGUGCACCCGGACGCGAGGCUCCUGGUGGUGGGGGGGGACCAGAACAGGAACCAGACCACGAACCCCCGCUGCCGCGGCCCUUCUGCGCUCUCGGCCCUGGACGCGGCCAAGAUCCUUUCCAGCGAGAGGGGGAACGAGCUCUGGGGCGUGGCGGACCCCAACGACCCUUCGAGCCCGGAGCGCCUCUUGCGAAAGACCGAGGCCGGGAUGGCCGGCUUUCUCACCCAGCCGCUCCUGUCGUCCCCGGCUUCGGACACCCUGGCGGACUGCAGGGAAGCCGGAGGAAGGGCCACCAAACUGCUCGCGGGCCUGGCCCUCCCGCGCACGGCGAGGGGGCUGCGGUUCUGGGCGGGCCUCCUGGGGAGGGAGGACGAGCUGGAGCGGGACCCGCUCUUUGCGAGCCACCUGGCGUACUUUUCCCAGCCCUAUGUCACGCCCCUCGCGUGGGCCGGGAGGGAACUCACGGACCUGCUGGGGAAUCCGGACGCGGACGGGGUGCACUUUAUGCCGCUCUCCAACACCGGGGACCUCUGCGCGCUGUUCGAGUCGCUGAACCACGUGCGCCGAGCGGGAAGCAGCGAAUGAAGGGGGCGCUUCGCGGGGGAGGAGCUCGGGUUGCUUGCAUGGGAUGCUAUGCUACGGCAGACUGCCCAAACAAAACCAAAACCAAAAACAGCAAAAAAACGAGCUAGGACACGACGCUGGGAUCGACGAUGAUGAACCAAUUAGUGUGUUGUGUUGCUAAUCACUCUCGUCCUCCGAAUCGGUCGUCGGAACGUGGCUGGCCCGCUUCAAGACGAUGCGGUUUGGUGCCAGGUGCGCAAACUCGUCCUCCGAUUCCUCCGUGGCCAAGGGAUCCGUUUCGCUGCUUCCGCUCUUGGUCUUGGUCUUUUUCGCCGGAGCUCCCGUCUCGGGCUUUUUUUGGGGCCCGGUUGCGGGCCCGCCCGCAUCGCUUCCGGUUUCGCCGGCGGUGGCCCUCUGGCGCUUCCGCCGCUUUCGCUUGGACUCGCUUCCGGCCUCCCUUGCUCCACUGGGAACGAGCGCCGCCAGGUUCGGAUCGAUCCACGCGUUGCACGAGCGAAGGAGCUCCACCACGUCCCCGGCCAUGGGUGCGAGCUCCCGGUGGAAGAAGCUGUAGACGGUGGGGUUCGACGUCGACGUCGAUGACGACGACGCCUUUUCCCGGGGAUCGUCCCGGCCCCUUCCGCUGACCGUGCCGCGGCCCGCUCUGCCGCAGCGGUGGACGUACUGUCGGAAAAAACACGGGUUGUGGAACGGUGAGACUCGUUUCCACACUUAGGCACGAAACAAAACACACGUUCUUUU